GGCAUGUUGCACAAAUUUUACUGCUUUCAGUUUACGCUUAAAUGCCGUUACUUGCGUAUCGAUUACUGCUCUAAAUUUGGACUUAUGCGCAAUCAGUUCAGGAAAUUUUGUGAAGAGCUACAAUCCGCCAUUGCUCUAAACCAUGCUAUCAUUCAACGGGAUGCUGAUCCUCGGUGGGAGUGCUUUAUUUAUCUGCAUCGUGGAAACGCGACCGUAUAAAACAUACGAAGAAAAACACCGGAUUAUCCUGGAAUUCGGCAUGCCGCAGGCUAAUCUAACAACCGCGACUGCAACACCAGUGAUCAGAAAUGUACUCCUGGCGCCCGAUCGUCCCAGUAGUCCAGCACCCCCGAUGCAUUAUCGGAGUAUGCCUGCGUUCCUUGACCCGGCAUCCAUAGGAAAAGCAUCUGAUGGGCACUUGAGGAAUCACCCUGGCCUCGUUCAACCGGCUACUUUUAUCCAUACUGGAGAGCACCUUAACAUAACAGCGGAAAGGAUUCAAGAAGAAGAAGAGGCCGCACGGCACACUACGGAAUCGCCCUGCGGCCCUGACGUCGUUCCGGAAGAUUGUAUUGACGACGAAAUUAGUACGACGGAAGCGCCACCCGAAACUACCACGCCGUACGACCCUCUCAAAGACUCGGACUUCGUAAAAAUUCUGGUGGGAUUAACGGGACGCGAAUUAGAUGACGAUGGACCAGAAGAUGUUUGGAUUAGUAUUCCGGAUUAGCACUUAUAUGAUCGCAUUCAAUUGCAUCAUGGCAUUUGGAUGGGAUCCCGCAGAACGCAUUUCUAUGAUUUUCAUUCUGAUUGUCAUAUUGUGGAAAUUUGCAAGAUGCUGCAUGAGACCUGGACCCUGCAUUUUUUUCGCGUGGUUUUAAUCCCUAAAAAUUGUUGAUAAACAGUUAGCUAAAUUA